AUGGAAAAUAUAUGCUAUCGCUGUUCCAUAUCUGAAGAAUCGCUAAGCGAUCAUGCGUACCUAUAUUUCGACGGAUAUUUUUUAAACGAUUUUAAUAAUGCUACACCAGAAGUGAAAGCAAACAAAAAGAGUAGCAUCUUUUUAGACAAUGAUAAAAAACGGUUUUCAAAGUACGUAGCGGAUCAGUGUAAGAACACGAAAGAAGGAGACUUGCAAAAUGUGUAUAAGAAUGUGUACACGAAUUUAUACCUAUGUAAAAUGUGCAACGGGCUACACAAUAUAGAUUUGAUACUUUUCUACAAUAAGAAUAGUUGUUUCCAUCAUGAAGUGUUAAAGGGAAAUUUCCCUAUCAGCGCAGAAGAGGAAAAAAACAUGAACAGUGUAUUUAAUAGCAUAAAAAAUAUACUUGACCUUCUGAACAAUAUUGAUAUAGUUUUUUUUUUCCUCUACUUACACAAAACGAAGCAAAUUUUUUGCCAAGUGGAAAAUGUUACACAUGACACAUUUCACCGUAAUUGUGAACGUAUAGAAAAGUACAUUUUAAUACCUCCCAAAAAAAGAAGCAAUAAUAUUUCGAAUAAACAAAUCCGAAAGACAUUUGCAUAUAUUUUGAUUUAUUUUUACGUAACAUUUUACCAUAAAAUAUGUGAUAGUGUGUCCCUAAGUGUGGCCCAAACUGAAUUCGUUAUCAAUUUGUACAAACAAACUAUGUUAAUUUUUAAUGUUAAUACAGGUGUACACCAUACCGUAAAGAGCAAUCAGUCGUCUGAAACAGCGCAUAAAUGUAACAGUGCAAAAUAUCGCCUUUACAAUAAAAAAAGAAAAAUAACCGAUGAAAGCGGUGUGGAUGAAGAAGCUGCAAUAUUGCAUAAUGACGAGGUUCACGAUAAUGAAGAUUAUGCCAAAAUUGACGAAGAAAAUGAAGACGUAGAAAACAAAACAAAUGCCACAAGUCCGUCCGAUGAAGGGAAAAGUAGAGAAUCAGAGUUUUCCCCCGCACCUCCAACCCUCGAUGUAUACAUAUCACUUAACAACUUAUGCAUAUGUGGCUACUACAAUAAAUAUAACAAAGAAAUGUCACAAACCAAGUGGUUCAUAAAUAAUGAAUCCCAAAGUGCAUUGUCAGUGGAAGAAUGCAUUUAUCACAUUUUUAAAAAAACAUUCCGAUCCACUAAUGAGGUCUUUAUGGCAUCCGGAAGGGAAGACAAAGAUGUGCGAAUGAUGAACAUAGGAAGACCCUUCGUCUUUGUCAUGAAGGAAACUAAAUUCUCCUUCCUAAAUUUUUACCUGUUUUUUAGUAAGUUAAAAAGGAUGGAAUUAACUGACCCUGCUUGUGGUACCUCCCUCGAUAUUAAAACAAUAGAUCAGAUAAAUCACUUUCUUCAACAAGGAAAAUGUGCAGGUGACAAUUCUGUAAGAGAACGCGUGUCCAUAUUGAACGAGGACAAUUCCCUCCUGCAGAGAAUUAACAACAGCUAUGCACUGAUAAACAAAAAAGACACCAUUUCAUUGUACCAUUUAGACUCCCAUAAAGUUCUUGCAGAACAAGACAAGGGCAAAACUGUGCAGGAGCAGAAGAUACACAGUUUGAAUAUUUCGCGUAACUACAAUAAAGAGCUAGAAGUGCUGCUAUCAGGUGAGUCCAUCGGAGCAAACGAACUGGGAAAUAUUGAUCCAAUUGAGAAAAAAGAUCCUAUUUACCCAAAUGAUGCCAAGAAAAACUGCGCAAACGCAAAUUGUGACCCUCUUAACGGAUGUGUAACCCCAAAUAAAGCGGCCAAUAUGGACAUCUUAAAAAAAAACGUCACACAUAAUGCCAAUCGAGACUCUAAUAUGAACAACCUUGUGGACGUAAAAUUCAGUAACGUUGCUUUUAGCACAAAUUAUGCCUUGAUAAAAAAAAUUAUGAAGUAUGGUGAAGAGAGAAAAAAGGCCUAUAAAUGCAUUAUAUACCACUCCUCCCCAAUGACUAAAGAAAAAAUACAAAAAAUAAAUCAAGACAUUUUAAGUUAUGAUAAAAACGACAACUGUGUAAUUAGCGUAAUACAAAAAACUCCAAUACGGGUACUCCAUAGAAGGAGCCUACUAAAACGGGAAAGGAAAAUUUUUGAAUUCAAUCUUGUUUUUGUUCAUGAACAUUUUUCUUUAUUACAUUUAUUGGCGCAGUCAGGGAUGUAUAUAAAAGAGUUCGUUAAUGGAGACAGAGGAAGAACUUUUCCAAACUUGAAGCACUUUUUUGGGCAGGACACGUUCGUUAAUAUAUUGAACUUAGAUGUAUCAAGUUUUACCUACGAUUUAAAUGUCCAGUAG